AUGAUAAUACAAAAGUUAGUUACAGUUGUAAAUAAUGUAAAUAAUGCUAGAAAUAAUUCUAGUAAAUUUAAUUUAGGUAGAAAUAUACGAAAUGUACGGCAAAGUGAACGUAUUAAUAUAUAUAACAACAGCCAGAAUAGCAGCAGCAACAAUCCCAAUUCCAAUCCCAAUCGCAAUCGCAAUCGCAAUAAAAAUCGCAUUCACAAUCUCAACCGCAAUCGCAGCAGUCAAAAGACUGUUGCAUAUAAAAAUGUUAAAAAUAAAAUUACAAAUUCAAAAUUGCAAAUACAAUUGCAAUCAGAAUUUCAGUCUCGAAAUCAUUUGAAUAUAAAAUCGAGUGUAUCUUAUGCGCCUUUGGCGGCAAAUGUCUGGCAAAAGCCAAAUCGCAUAAAUCAGCAACACCAACAACCGCAACAGAAUUCCCAAGAAACAUUGUUGAAAGCAACACAAACACUAACAACAAUUAAAACAGCUGCACAAUUGCUAUCAUCAUCAUCAGCAUCAGCAUCAGCACCAACAUCAGCACCAACAACAGCACCAACAUCAGCUUCAGCCUCAGUACCAAGUGCACAAGUAGCACCAGCACCAGCACCAGCACCAGUACCGACACUGGCACCAACAUUGCUAUCAUCGUCGUCAAAAUUGUCUUCGUCGACUUUAUUAACGUCAAUAGGCGCGUCAUCGGUAACAAUAGAGCGUAGAGUGGCAUUUGAAAAUGGCACUACGGAAACACCAUUAAGUACAUCGACCACAACCGCCAGAAUUGAUUACAAUUUAAUUACAGACCAUCAUUACGAUCAGCUGAAAGACCAAACGUUUUGGCAGAAAUACGGUGAGUAG